CCCUUCUUUCUCUCUGCUAUGACUUGAUUACUACUCUCCCCUACUCUACCAUCACUUUGCUGCAUUCCCCAUCACUUUCCUCUCUCUACCACUCGCGUCUCGACGACUGUCGCCAUGGUGGCUUUUCUCUCACGCCUCAAUCCAACACCGGCCUUCCCGGACUACCCCGGGCCUCACACUGUCGGCACCGUCGACGUCGAGAUCCCUGUCGCCGACUUGCCCUCUACUGCAGCAGCCCCUGCCGACGCAUCCCCGACUGUCUCGUUCCGCAUAUUCUACCCCUGCCAGGAUCAAAAAGAGAGCGCGAGGCCUGUCAGAUGGAUCCCCUCGCCACAGCGUCCUAACCUCUCUGCCUUUGCUCGUCUUCUCGGUGCUGGAUCUCGUGCCUCGGACUUCUUCUCUUACUUUCCGACUAUUCUCUACUACAUUACGAUACCCGCCCAGCGCAACGCUCCCCUACUCGCCCCUCCCGCUAGUAAUAAGAGAUGGCCUGUCAUGAUGUUCUCCCACGGCCUGGCCGGCAAUCGCAACCUAUACUCGCACGUCUGCGGAUCUAUGGCUUCGUACGGUCUUGUCGUCAUAGCCAUGGACCACAGAGACGGCAGUUCUCCUGUUCAGUACAUCCGAGCAACCACAGAUACACCCAGCAAAAUUGUCGACGAAAUCAAAAUCUCACACUCGCCAACACCUGAAGUUUAUGCUGCACGAGACAAGCAAUUGCGCAUCAGAUGUCACGAGAUGUCGCUGAUCCACGCAGCAUUGCUCAAGAUUGACAAGGGUGAAAAGGUGGACAAUCUGGACGACAACACUUCGCACACUAAGAAAGAGCGCGUCGAGGUCCUGUCCCGCUUUGCUGGUCAACUUGACGUACACACACCUGGUCGUAUUACCUUCGCUGGACACAGUUUCGGUGCUUGCACGACUGUUCAAUUCCUCAAGUCCAUCUUCUACGCCAAAGAACGUCCUCAGAACGCCCACUCUCCUCUCAUUGUACCAACCGACUCCUCUCUAACUAGCCAGGUCACUCCCGCAUCUCCGGUACUGCUACUUGACCUCUGGACUCUGCCACUGCGCAGUCCUACCCAAUCCUGGCUUCUAGAGCGCCCUCUGCCCUCAUACGCGGAUUCUUCAAUUGGCGGCAAGAACAUUCUCAGCGUCAUGUCGCAAGCCUUCUUCAAAUGGACCGGCAACUUCAACGACGUCCGCCGCGCGAUUGCACCUCCCAAGAACUUCUCUGGACCAAACCCCCACCUCUUCUAUCCCGCCACCAGCCAGCACUUCUCCCAGUCAGACUUUGGCGUGCUGUUCCCUUUCCUUACCAGCAAGUUGCUGAAGACUGAGGAUCCAGAAAGAUUACUGCUGUUAAACACUCGUGCUAUGUUGCAAGUGCUCAGGGACAUGGACAUUGAGGUGGCAGAUGUUGGCGAGAAGAGCCUCGAAGGCGAGAAGGAGGAGUCUAUCUUGAAACCAAGUGCCACUGGAGAGGAAACUGUCAGGGGCUGGGUCAGAGUCGCUGUCUCCGACGCGGACAAUACCAACGCUGGUAUUUCAAUUGAACAAGACAAGAAGCAGAAGCCCUCGGAUGACAGCGAGGGUAUGGACAUGUAAAUAGUGGGGCAUUGCUUCCAGCAUAAUUGGCGUUCAGUGGUUGGUCGCAUAGCGCUUUAUUAUCCUUUUCCUUUAGCAGGCUGGCGAAUUGGAGGCUCAGACCGUGGAAACAGCAAUCGGGUUCGGGCAGUAGACUGUACAUAAAUCUCGCG